UUACAUUUGCACGCGUGCUGCAUUUGAUUUGGCGAAAUUUCAAAAACGAUUAAUUGCUAAAGAUUUCUUGAAUUUACUACAACCAUGCAAUUACCAGUUCCUGAUGGUCUGGAAAAAGCUCCGAAAAAUAUUGAUAAAAAUAUUUUUGAUUUAUUAUGGAAGUUAACAGAUAAUAAAACUAAAAGCCGAAUUGAGGCAUGUUCGGAUAUUUUGAGUAUCUUGCGAAGGAAACAAGAUGAAGCAGAAAAUUCCAGAGAGCCAACUAAAGAUCUCCAAUAUUGUCUUGAGAGACUUGUUAGAGGGUUAGCUUCAUCUCGAGAUUCAGCAAGACUGGGCUUCUCGCUCCUGUUAACAGAGAUUUUGAAACAUAUGGAUGUGGAAAUAGAGGACAUUUUGGAACUGGUGAAACAACAUCUCUCUGUCUCAUCUGCACUGGAAAGAAAAGAUGCUGUCUUUGGACAACUGUUUGCAUGUGUGAGCAUUGUGCGAUCAGGGAAACUUGCACAUCACAGUCAUCUUUCAUUUGUUGUUACAAUGUUGAAUGAUUUAUGGCAUGGAAGAAGUUACAUAUUAAAAGCCUGUUAUGAAAUUCUCGCAGAAUUGUUUUCUCAACUUUCUGAAGAGAUAUUUGUUAACAAUGUUUGGCCACAUUUAAAAGAAAAACUGUCUUUUGGCUGGGAGAAAUGUUCAGCUGAUUUGAUAUGGCCUUUAUUUUUAUCUAUAAGGAUGUUUCCAAGUGCCGUUACACCUAAAUUUUUAAAGAAGAAGUGGGGUGCAGAAGACAUAUUAUCUUCUGAAAAUUAUGAUCAUAUUAAAAAGAUUUUACGACAAACGACUUCAUGUCUCCCAAUAUUACAUCCUUUAUGUUGCGAGAUGUUACAUCUCUGUCGGCUUCGAAGUGAUGGAAAGGAACUUUGGAGAACUUUAAUAGAUGAUAAUCUGUUUGAAUUAGACCAAACUGAAAAGGCUUUUGUGGGCUUUGAAAUGGCGAAAAAAGCUUUGCAAGAAAUUCAUAAGAAAAAAGUGAUAAAAUAUAUGUUAUCUCCUAAAUUCUGUAUGUUGUUUACCAAAAGUUUUCUGAACACUAAACACCCUAUGAAUCCUGCCGCAACUUCUUUGGCAGCUUUUCUUUCAAGUUUUGUAAAAGAAAGUUUUGAAAAUCACGAUGUCCAAUUUAUUAUUCUGAAAAUAUUCUUAAACUCCUCUGCACAACUUGAUCAAAUUUUAAAAAGGAAAGAAGUUACAUCUAUUAUUCAACAUCUCUCUCCUGUAGCAAUAAGAGCUUACUUUGAGCUUUUGAAAUCAAUUGCUAUUGGCAGAACAGAAAGUGAUGAAGCGGACCGAGGUAGAAAUCACAGACGCUUUCAAGCUGUUCUUCAGAUUGGAAACUUAGUCUCUCAUGAUGCUAUAGUUCCUGAUAUUGAAUGGCGUCUUCAUGUAGUUAAAUUUUUGCUUAUCCAUGCAUUUUUCAAACUUGAAACUCCUAAUGAAGGAAUUUUGCACUGUGAUGAAGCCAAUUGUAUGUUAGAUAUUGAUGAAAAAUUGCGGGAAACAUUUAGGAAUUCAUUCUUUAAGGCUUUGAAUUCUUUAUAUCAUAGGACAGAACAGCACCUCAAUUCUAUUAGACCAUUUCUCAGUCAUCUUUUAUGUCUAACGCAAUAUGCGGAAGAAUUAAUGGCUGCCUCGGAUUUUACAACUCCUUGUUUUGAUCUUGAUAAGGUUCGAGAACCAUGGGCACAAAUGGAAGUAAUUGUUCAUAAAUUAUCUAAGCAAAGCAAUAGAGAUGGAUUGGUAAAUGAAACCUAUAUAUUCCAGACUCUCUUCUUAGAACUGGCAUUUCAUUCGCUUCAAGAUCCAGAAUUUGUCUCUGGAAUCUUUGAGGAACUUCAUAUUUGCUGUGAAAAAGCCUUGGAUGAUCGAAAACUUUGUAAACCAGCAAUUAGAAAUGAGCCUUUUUGGGUUUCUGUUGUAGUUGAUAUUCUGCUGUCAUUGCUGUCUAGAAAUUCGCAACCUUUGCGAUAUGUUGUAAAUAUGGUUUUUCCACUUUUGUGUCCUUUUAUUACGAAAGAAUCUUUGCAACUGAUUCUUGAUGUAAUAAAUCCUGCUCAGGCAGAUGAACCAGUGAUGGUUAAUGAGGAGGUAGAAAGUGAUGUAUCAUUUGAAUCUGGGAGCAGUAGUGAAGAUGAAUCAGAUGCAGAACAAAAUACUGAUGGCCAAAUGUAUGAGAAAUUUAGAACUGAAGUGAAGGAAGCAUUAGGGCCCGCUGCGGAAGAAAGUGAUUCUGAAUCAGUAGUUUUCUCAGAUACAGAAAUGUUUAAAUUAGAUGAAGCUUUAGGUAAAGCUUUUAAAAAAAGAAUUCAAGGUAGCCAAGCUCAAAAAAAGGAAGAAGAAAAAGCUCUGCUUGAUUUUAGAGUCAGGUGUUUAGAUCUUCUUACAAUAUACUUUAAAGAGACGAAACCUCUAACAAUGGAAUGGGUUUUACUUUGUAUUGGACCCAUUUUAUCUGCUUAUGAAGAUGGGCAUAAAGGAAAACAUCAUGCACAUUUACUCCACAAGGCUGUUUCAACUCUGCAAACAUUAGAGAAAGUUAAAAAGUUUAGCAAUUUAGAAUGUGUAAAAGAGUCCCAACUGAAAGAACAGUUAGAAAUUUUAGUUGCCAAGUGUCAAAAAGAGACAAAUCUGACUGUAGCCCAAAAGCUGUAUUCAUUGUGUGUAUACAUAGUUAUGUGUUUUAGAAAAUUAUCUGAACAAAAUCCUGAAAAGAAAUCUAAAAAGACUCCUGCAUAUUUGAAAAUAUAUUUAUCAGAACUGGAAACAUUUGCUAAAGGAAAUAAAACCAAUGUGUUUCCACAAUUUUUUGUAUCAUUUAUGGAAGCCUAUCCAGAUUUAGCAUAUGUAUUCAUAGGACCUCUUAAAGAAUACGCAUUUAGUACCGAUAUUCGAAUUUACAGACGGACACAAUGUCUGGGCCUAUUAUUGGAAGCUAUAAAGUACACUAAGGGACAAGAUUCAGUAACAGCUGAACAGUGGUUAGAAAUCGAAAGUAGUAUAAUACCUUCUGCUAUAGAGAUACUUAAAAGUACUUUGAAUGGUCCAGAGUUUAAACCAGUUUUUGUCAAUGAAUUGCUGAAUGUGGUUUACAGUCUGAGAUGCAUAUUAAAAGAGAAGACAGAUCAGUCUCUUUUGGAGAAAACAGAUAUCCUUCCAUUUCUUAUGGAAAUGGAUAAUCAAAAGGUUAAAAAAUUGACCAGUAAAGGAAAGUCUGUAAGACGGAAGAUAAUACUCGCACUAGGAGGAAAAAUACCUUCAAAUAAAAAGUCAAAACCCAAUACUGUUUCACUUGACACAGAAACAACAAAACGGCUAGAAGCAGCAGAGCUAAAUGGCAUGGAAUCUGAUCCAGAGCAGACUGAAGAUCUAAAUAGUUCAGAACAGAAUGGUGAACUGAAUAACUCUAAUCAAAAUGACUCUUUGAAUAGUUCAAAGCGAAAACUGAAGUCGAAAAAAGACAAAAAGAAGAAGAAACAAAAGAUGGACAAUUCUUCAGAGAAUGUAAUUGAAAUUGAUGCCUCAGAGUGAAAGAACUGGAAAUAAAUUUUAUCCUUUUAUGUA